UGGACUGUUUAACUGAGCUAAUGGAACAGAUGGAGAUGUACAAAACAAAAGUGCAUGACUUUGAAAUGAAACUCAAAGAGGAAGCUCACACACAGAGGAAAAUGUUGGAUGAGACCCAGAAAUUUAGAGUCAGACUCCAAGAAUGUCAGAGACGAGUGCAAGACGUGUGCAUUGCGGACACAGUGCUGAUGGAAAUAUCUGGACUGCAGGACAUGAAUUUGAGUCCUUCUCUCAGCUGGGUUCAGGAGCAUUCACUUUCUGUACUGAACCUCCUGCACAGAGUACUGCAGAAUGCUGCUCAGAGCUUACAGACAGCAGGGGUUGAUGUGUCAUUAAAGACUGGAGGAGUAUCAGGUGCCUUACAGAUUUUGUGCCAGGACCACAUGGACGUCCAAUCAGAGCUAAGGAAACUAAAGUCAGAGAUGCAAAAGCUUCAGGAGACAGAGAUGCAGAGCAGAGAUCUUCACAGUAGGCUGGAGUUCAUGCAAAAGCAGAUUGAGAUGGAGAAACUUCAGGCAGCCGAGGGACAGAGAGAGAUGAAAAACACACUACUGCGACAGCUGGAAGAGGUCAUGGCUGAUCUACAGUCAGUGAGACAAACUGAAAGUGCCUUGCGCAGGGAGAUUGAGACAUGCAAGGCUGAGUGGCAAACCAAGAUGGAAGAAGCCAAGAUACGAGAGGCAGGGCUGAAAGAAACGCUGUGUGAAUUACAUCUCAAAGAGGAGGAGAGGAGCGAGAAAAUGAAGCAGUGUGAGGAAAGAGAGGCGAAGGCCCAGCAGAGAGGAGCUGAAGAGGAGAGACAGAAACACAGGGUUGAGGUAGAGGAGUACAGAGAGCAGGUGCGACAACAUGCAUACACCAUUGUUGCCAUGGAGAUGCGAAUAAACAAAGCUCAGCAGAGUGAGGAAAUAUGGAAAGAGAUGGAGGAGGAGAGAGACUCACUGAAGGAGCAACUCGAAGAGGCGCUUGGCAGGCUGGAGGGCUUUGAAAGCAACAGCACAUCUUACACAUCAGAAAAACAGCAGGAACCGGAUCAAAAAAUAACAUCCCUCCGGGCAUCUCUAAUCUCAUCCCGACAGGAAGUGGUCAGUCAGAGUGAGAUCAUCAAUGCCCUAGGUCGUGACCUGGCCCAGGCUCAUGCUCGGCUCUCUGAUAUGACAGGAGAACUAAGCGAACAGCAGAAGUUAGAGUUGGAAAGUCAUAAAGCUUUGGUGGUAGACCAGAAGAUUCAAUUGAGCAUGCUCACACAGAAGCUAACCAUGAUGUCACAACUAAUGCAACAGAAAGAUGACGAGACAAAGAAACUGGGAGAAAAACUGAGACAAACUGAAGAGGACCUGAAAAGUAAAGCAGCAGCAAACAGAGAGAUGGAGAACACAAGCCUUGUUCCACAUCAAACCUCAAGAAACACUAAAGAUGUGGCACUCAUGACAGCUCCAAAUGAUGUCAUCAAUCAGGGGUCAAAACACAAAGGUCAUUGCCGCGAGGAAGCGAUUCUUCAACAGCAGGAAGGUUUGCGUGACAUGAGAGAGCGAAUCAGAGCUCUAGAACAGAAGUGGCCUAGCAAGCGUCUGUCCCAGCAGGGGGAGCCAGAGAAACAGGGUCAGAUGAAGACUCAGCGACUUCAGAGAUCUGCAGCUCGGAGAGGAUCCAUCAGUUCUGUGAGUGGUUUUGCGUUCCCUGAAGCUCUGACCGAGGCAGCACGAGAGCGUACAGCCAGACUGGACAUGUCUGAUGCUCUGGAGCUCAGUGAGAGAACAUACCUGGAGCUAGUGCGCGUUCUGCAUGAGGCCCUGGAGCUCAGCGACGUUGAGCUGUCAGGAUGUGCUAGUUUAAAGCACCUACCUCCUGAUGAGAGACAGCACAUAGUCUCUAUGAGACAAACAGACCUGGAGUUUGUGAGAACCCGCCUUGAUCUACAGAACAGACAAAGCCAACAGCAAGAGCUACUGCUGCAGGAGAACCAGAGAGAGAUACACACACUCAGAGAGAUCCAGGUGCUGGAGUACCAGAUGCAGGCCGAGCUUGAGAGUGUGAAGGCAGAACUGGAGACUCAGAGACAAGAGACGGAACAGCUUCAGCAGGCUCUACAGGACAGCAUCAACCAGCUGCAGAGAAACCAGCAGGAACGCAGUAUUACCAACAGAAAUAAUAGGAGCCUUAGUACGGAGAGAACAGACAGAAAGAGUGGAAGAGUGGGCCAUCACAACUGUAUACCAAAUGAAAGCUAUGAAAAGGCCCCAGCAGUGAAGAAACGGACCUCACAGAUGAGACUGAAAAGGAGAGAGAGUGAGCUAGAUAAUCGAAAGAAAGAAAUAGGGCAGAAACAGCAGAUCUGUUCAAUGGUCUCUGAUUUGGCCAAUCCUCUGCAAGCUCCCGAGAGCUCCCAACUACUCCUGCUCACUGAGGCCCACUGACAUAAACACAACUUAAGAGCAUGUAGUAUUAUGCAACUGUGCUUUUUAAUAUUAAACAAUGUUAUAAUAUUUCCUAA